AUCACUGGAGAUUCCAUCGUUAGUGCUGAGGCAGUAUGGGAUCACGUCACCAUGGCCAACCGGGAGUUGGCAUUUAAAGCUGGCGACGUCAUCAAAGUCUUGGAUGCUUCCAACAAGGAUUGGUGGUGGGGCCAGAUCGACGAUGAGGAGGGAUGGUUUCCUGCCAGCUUUGUGAGGCUCUGGGUGAACCAGGAGGAUGGGGUGGAGGAAGGGCCCAGUGAUGUGCAGAAUGGGCACCUGGACCCCAACUCAGACUGCCUUUGUCUGGGCCGGCCACUACAGAACCGGGACCAGAUGCGGGCCAAUGUCAUCAAUGAGAUCAUGAGCACCGAGCGUCAUUACAUCAAGCACCUCAAGGACAUUUGCGAGGGCUACCUGAAGCAGUGCCGGAAGAGAAGGGACAUGUUCAGUGAUGAGCAACUGAAGGUCAUCUUUGGGAACAUUGAAGACAUCUACAGGUUUCAGAUGGGCUUUGUGAGAGACCUGGAGAAGCAGUACAACAAUGAUGACCCCCACCUCAGCGAGAUAGGACCCUGCUUCCUAGAGCAUCAAGACGGAUUCUGGAUAUACUCUGAAUAUUGUAACAACCACCUGGAUGCCUGCAUGGAACUCUCCAAGCUGAUGAAGGACAGCCGCUAUCAACACUUUUUUGAGGCCUGCCGACUCUUGCAGCAGAUGAUUGACAUCGCUAUCGAUGGUUUUCUUUUGACUCCAGUACAGAAGAUCUGCAAAUAUCCCUUACAGUUAGCUGAGCUCCUGAAGUAUACUGCCCAAGACCACAGUGAUUAUAGAUAUGUUGCAGCUGCUUUGGCUGUCAUGAGAAAUGUGACUCAGCAGAUCAAUGAACGCAAGCGACGUCUGGAGAAUAUUGACAAGAUCGCGCAAUGGCAGGCCUCUGUCCUGGACUGGGAGGGAGAGGACAUCUUAGACAGGAGCUCGGAGCUGAUCUACACUGGAGAGAUGGCCUGGAUCUAUCAGCCCUAUGGCCGUAACCAGCAGAGAGUCUUCUUCCUAUUCGACCACCAAAUGGUCCUCUGCAAGAAGGACCUAAUCCGGAGAGACAUCCUAUACUACAAAGGACGCAUUGACAUGGAUAAAUAUGAGGUAAUUGACAUUGAAGAUGGCAGAGAUGAUGACUUUAAUGUCAGCAUGAAAAAUGCUUUCAAGCUUCAUAACAAGGAAACAGAAGAAGUUCAUCUGUUCUUUGCCAAGAAACUGGAGGAGAAAAUACGUUGGCUCAGAGCUUUCAGAGAAGAGAGGAAAAUGGUACAGGAAGAUGAAAAAAUUGGCUUUGAGAUUUCUGAAAACCAGAAGAGGCAGGCUGCAAUGACUGUGAGAAAAGCCUCUAAACAGAAAGGUGUCAACUCUGCCCGCUCAGUUCCUCCUUCCUACCCACCACCACAGGACCCGUUAAACCAGGGCCAGUACCUGGUCCCCGAUGGCAUCGCUCAGUCUCAAGUCUUUGAGUUCACUGAACCGAAACGCAGCCAGUCACCAUUCUGGCAAAACUUCAGUAGGUUAACCCCCUUCAAAAAAUAAUACCUAUAGGAAGGCAGAUAAUUUUAAAAUAAAUAAAAUUAUAUUUAUAGAUGGACCUUUUUUUCGGAGAAGCACUGUUGAAAAUUUAUAUAUAUAUAUAUAUGUGUGUGUGCGCGUGCGUGUGUGUGUGUGUAUGUGUGUGUGUGUGCGUGUGUGUGUGUGUGGUGCACAUACACACACACACAUAUAGACCUUUAAGUAUACACGUGUGUGUGUGUGGGCAUGUGUGCACAUAUGCAUGCACAUGCAUGCACACAUACAUACAUAUACACACACAGAGAAGGACCAAAACCAUUUUCUGUUGUUUUGGGAAAUUGAAAUCUGUAGUUGGUAAGAAGUACCACUGACUUCCAAACAUGUGAUCACUUCUUAAAAUGUUUAGUUCUUAACCUUGCUCCCUUCCCCCUUUCUUUCAGAAACUGAAUUUCUCUUUGUUCUUUUUCCUGUUAAGAUAACCUAUUCACUCCUCUGGUUCACUGACCUGUCAUUACUACCAUAGACUAUUUGCAUUGUUUUAUUUCCCUUUCCUGAUGAUACUGAUGCUGAUAACUUUUGCAUUUACUUUAUGUGGUGGGUUUGGAAUUUCAUUUCUCUCUCUGUCACUUUCCACUAAGAAGGGGAGGACUCCCAUCUCCUGUCCCUCAUGCAACCAUAUGCAAAUGUUCCUGUAGCCCUGCGGUUAUACCAACAGCCUUUUCCCAGCAUCCUGUGUCCACAGUUGUACCAGUCUAGACAUGCUCUGUUGUGCCCUGUGACUUAUCUGCUUGGUAUUUCUAUUGCUUUCACUGUUUUAGGUAUUGUGGAAGGAUAUAAAACCAAACAGAAACAAAGGAAUAUAAGAAUGUAAUGAGGGUAGAGAAGGCUUCUGUUGGGGGGAUAUUUUUUACUUAGAUGAUUUUCUUCUAGCAUUGAGGAUUCCCAUGUAACAGCACUGCUCUCAUUGAAGGUUUUUGUGUAAGGGUUGGUCUCUUUUUCAAGCCCCCUCUAUUAUGAGUCUCCUUUUCAGCCUGUCUCUUCCCUGGUGAAAGAUUUAACUAAACUGGAAGCAAAGAAAUUGAGACUCUGCCUCCUGGGGAAGAGACUUAUCUCCACCCCCACAGCCCAUAUCUAAUAGGUAGGUGUCAGGUAGGGCUCUCUUUAUAGCAGUCAUUUCAGUGUUCUGGUCAGCCCUGCUUCUGUUUUCAGAUUCUUAAGGCAUCACUGUUAGAAGCUUAUGGAGGGGUUCAAGACAAAACCUGAAAAGAGUCCAGAAUUGACAAUACAGGGAAAGAUGGGGCUAUCAGGGAAAGAGACAGGCUUGAUCCAAGAUAAUACACCUGUAGUUACUACCACUGAAAUUAUGAGAAACAUUCCCAAUUGUUAGCACAUUGCAUGGAUAAUCUUCUCUGUCUCCUUCCUUGCCCAUACUCUCUCUUCCUGGUAGAGGAUUGUGAGUAUUGGCAUAAUUACAGCCAUUCUGGCACUUGAAGUAGGCCUUCUUUCUGACAUACUCCCACCCCAGGACAACUGAGGUUAGUGAUAGAGAAGCCUAGAGCUACUUUUACCUCUGGGAAAAGAAGAUCUGAGGCAGAACACUGAAGUUAAUGCUUGGCAGGUUUUCCAUUUGACCAGAACCUUCCCAACAAAAAUCAGAAUCCCCAUGAGUACAGAAGUACUUAUUUCUCCUUGUUAUAUAGCCCUUUAUGUGGAUAGACCCUAGGUAGUGAGGAUAAUGGCAUAUAAAGAAGUGGGAAAACCCACCCUAUCCAGAAUCUGAAGAUUGAGUCUGUCCUGGACCUCACAGGAAUAGACGUCAUCAUGAAGGGACCUAAGCUUACCAAGCAGCAGCCAUAGCUAUAUGAGGUCUUCAAUAAAGCUGAGUUGGAUACUUUGUGCUUCCUGACCUAAACUAAGCCCUACCCAGCUCAAGAAUCAUUUCCCUAUAGAAAACAAAUUACAAGUUGUUGAAGCUUCUAUUUAAGUCAGACUUUUUAUAGUUAUCAAAGCUAGCUAGCAGAAGACCAGGGCUCGGGACUGGCUAUCACUGCUCAGCACAUGUCAGAGUUACUUAUGCCCUUAUGGCAAGAGAUCUGGUAUCUAGCACUUAGACUACAA